GUGUGAAGAUGGAUAAAAAAAAUCUCUGCGUGUGAAGAACUCAAAUCAACACAGAGAGCAUGGAACUCGGGUACCAGUGUCUUUCUUCAUCUUCAUCAUCUUCUUUGCCCAUAAUUUACAGUCAUUAUUCUUAUACCUAUCCUAGUUGUUCAAUGCCUCAACUCUUUGGAAUCAAACGCCCUAAAUCCCCAAGACCUCUCAUAGUCUCUGCAACUCUUCCUCCUAAUUCUUCCUCUUCUCUCUCCUCAACCACCCCCAUUUUCCUUCCUUUUCUCCAACCAGAACCAGUAGAAGAAGACCCAGAACUACAACCAGAGGAGAACUUGGAUUUGAUAAAAGACCCAAUUCUCAGAUUCUUCAAAUCCCGCUCUUCCACUCAACACCCGGACCCUGGCUUCGAAGGAAAACUCUCCCUCCAAAAGAAUCGCCGCACUUCUUGGCGUCUAUCUCCCGACAUGGACGACACUGAUUCUAUAGAAAAAACUGGUUUUAACACUGAAAUUGAACCCAAAAGCAAAAAAGAGCAAUUGGGUUUCGAGAAUUCUGAUUCGAGCCCGGUGGUUCACGGUGUUGUCGGAGAAAUUCUGGGAAUUGCGAGGAACUUACCGGAUAAUUCGAUGAUGGGGGAGCUUUUGGGUCCUUAUGAAGGGAGGGUUGGAGAGAGAGAGUGUGUGGAGCUUUUGGGGUUGAUGGGUCAGGAGGGUCUUACAAUGGGUUGUUUGUAUUUCUUUGAAUGGAUGGGUUUGCAGGAGGACAAGGGGCUUGUGACACCGAGGGCGUGUUCGGUUUUGUUACCAAUCUUGGGGAGAGCUGGAAUGGGCGAUAAGUUAAUGCUUUUGUUCAGGAAUUUGCCAAGUGAAAAGCAAUUCAGGGAUGUUCAUGUUUACAAUGCUGCAAUCUCGGGUCUGUUGUGCUGUGGGAGGUAUGAUGAUGCCUGGAAAGUUUACGAGACAAUGGAAACAAAUAAUGUUCAACCGGAUCAUGUGACAUGUUCUAUUAUGAUUACAAUCAUGAGGAAAAAGGGCAACAGUGCCAAAGAUGCAUGGGAUUUCUUUGAGAGAAUGAAUAGGAAAGGUGUCAAAUGGAGUUUGGAAGUCUUUGGUGCUCUAAUAAAAGCAUUUUGUGAUGAAGGGCUUAAGAAGGAAGCCCUUAUAAUCCAAUUAGAAAUGGAAAAGAAAGGGAUCCCUUCAAAUGCUAUUGUGUAUAACACUUUAAUGGAUGCCUACAAUAAAUCCAACCAAGUUGAAGAAGCCGAAGGUCUCUUUGCCGAGAUGAAGGCGAAGGGAAUUUCGCCUACUUCUGCUACUUAUAACAUUUUAAUGGAUGCAUACAGCAGGAGAAUGCAACCUGAUAUUGUUGAGAAACUGCUGUUGGAGAUGGAAAAUGUGGGCUUGGAGCCAAAUGUCAAAUCAUAUACAUGUCUGAUCAGUGCAUAUGGGAGGCAGAAAAAGAUGAGUGAUAUGGCUGCAGAUGCAUUCUUGAGGAUGAAGAAAGUUGGUAUAAAACCAUCUUCACAUUCAUAUACAGCUCUUAUCCAUGCAUAUUCGGUCAGUGGCUGGCAUGAGAAAGCUUACUUGGCAUUUGAAAACAUGCAAAAGGAAGCCUUGAAACCCUCCAUAGAAACUUAUACUGCUCUACUUGACGCUUUUAGGCGUGCCGGUGACACCCAAACACUAAUGAAAAUAUGGAAAUUGAUGAUCAAUGAUAAAAUUGGAGGGAACCAGGUGACAUUUAACAUUCUUCUUGAUGGAUUUGCUAAACAAGGUCACUACACUGAAGCAAGAGAUGUAAUCUGUGAAUUUGGGAAAAUGGGCUUGCACCCGACAGUAAUGACAUAUAAUAUGCUGAUGAAUGCAUAUGCACGGGGAGGUCAACACUCUAAGUUGCCACAACUGCUGAAAGAGAUGGCAGUUCUCAACUUAAAACCUGAUUCUGUAACUUAUUCAACUAUGAUAUACGCCUAUGUUCGUGUUCGUGAUUUCAAAAGGGCAUUCUUUUAUCAUAAGCAGAUGGUAAAAAGUGGGCAAUUGCCAGAUCCCAAAUCUUAUCAUAAGCUCAGGGUAAUUUUGGAUGUGAAAGCUGCAAUAAAGAACAGGAAGGACAAGAGUGCUUUACUUGGUAUAGUUAAUAGCAAUAUGGGUAUGUUGAAAGUGAAGAAGAAAGGGAAGAAAGACGAGUUCUGGAAGAAUAAGAAGAAGCAAUCAAGAACCCGAAACAGUGCUCGAGUUGGACACUGAUGAUGCUAUUCUUUGACUUCCGCAUGAAAGUUGUGAUUUUAUUAGAUUGAUUUGUUCCUAUAUUUGUUCAACUUCUGUGGAUGAUCUUUUUUUUUUCAAAUUUUCAUCAUAUGAUUUGUCCUUGGGAA